AUGGAGGACAUUUUUCUGAGACGGACUACAACCCGUGUUGACCUUGUUGAGCCAAACAUGGCGAUAUGGUCGGGACAUUACUCCUGUCUUAGUUACUGUGCUUCUAAGUGUAUCCAGGAACCGGACUGUGUGUCGUUAUUGUACAACAUGGCUAAGGGGUCAUGUGACCUCUUCAACGUGAUCUAUGACAGUGACGACAGAGGUGACGUCGACUAUUACUGGGUACUGGAGGACAGGGGUACUCGAAGGGUUCCAGAGUCGUGUCUCGCCGUCUUAAAUUGCUCUGGUAUUACAACAGACGGAGAAUACUGGGUCUAUCCUACUGUAACCAACCGAAGAAGAACCAAAGUAUACUGUCACUGCCUGGUUACUGAACCAUCACAUUUCAUAACUUUAAAAUACCCCAACGACUUCAUUAUGCAUGAUCAAUCGCAUUUGAUAAUACAGCAGCAAGAGUGUCAAUCGGAUAUUCUAUUUCCGUUGAAAAAGACCGAGUUUUUAAAAGUGAAAUUACAAAUAGAGAGCAUGACGGUAAAUGGAACUGAUUAUACAUUCACAUCGCUGACCGGAUCAGUACCAAUGCAGUAUGGAUAUGCUCAUGAUUGUAAUGGGGAACACACCAGGGACCCUUGUCCUCACUUUGGGACAGCCACCAUUGAUACUAGAGGGACUGGACUGAUCGUUGAUCCUACAAUUCAAUUUGGUGCCAUAACAGGGUAUGAGGUGGGCAUAAAACAGUUUUAUCGCUCCGUGAAUAGGGACCAGAUAUCAUUCACCUGUGCUGCAUGGUGCGGCCUUUGUGGACCGAUUUCUGGACCAAUCAGAUUCGAGCAUUCUAUGGAAUUCAUUUCAGCUGCUGACGCACAAGCUGUUAUUUGUAACAAGUGAAAAGUUCUUCAAGGAAAUAGGUAUAGAAAUACUAACUAAUAAAAUUAAUAACACUUUAAUUGAAAAUCAAUUUAACAACAAUUGUCUUAAUACUUUAAAUUGUUUUACAAAGGAUGUGGAAGAUAUUAGACCAGCGUCCUCGACAUUUUAUGGAUUUUAAAUUUCCAAUGACGAUUUGUUUAAAAUAGCAUCACUUUACGUAGCAGAGGGUUGCAUUUUAGUUUUAUCGAACAAUUUGACAACAACGUAUUCAAAAGCGCUGUAUGUCACUUAAAUGAAGUAUGUUG